ACUUACUUUACACUUUAAUAACAAUGGGCCAGCAGUAAUCAUAUCUCAUCCUUUCUUUCUUAGUUCUGUCUGUACUGUGAGCAGAGAUCUGUUUUUAUUUCUGCAGAUCCGAUAUGUUACCAUCCUCCAAAACGUUUAUUCAGCUGUGAACCAAGACGGAGACUCGCCCACAUCGUCCAGCACACCCACUCACUUUCACCGCAGCCGCAAAAUUCCUCCACUGCUGUUAUCCUGUCUUGUCGUCGCUAAUGAAUAGUGUGUCGUGAGGUGCAAGAAAGUGGCGAUAAAAGGACGACGACGUUGUUGUCGCCUCUUUAUUUUUUGAUAAGUGUCGGCCCCAACCUGAGGGCUCGGAAGGAUAAGGGGACUGGUGGCCUGGGCAACAGGGCAACAUGCCAAGUGCCUCCGUCACCGCAAGAUCCAGGACUCGAUCUAAACGGCGUACGCUGCGUAGGACAGAAGUGACGGAAGAACCAGAGUCUGGUGGAGUCGCAGGAUGUGCCAUCCAGGACGUCGUUGCACCAUCCAUCCCACUGCCUUUGUUAGCUAGCAAUAAUCCAUGUUCGUCAGGAAAUUCUUUAGUUUCCUCGUCGUCGUCGUCGUCGUCGCCGCCGCCGCCGCCGGUUGGAGGUAGCAAUGGAGAAGGAAAUAUGGCGGCGACAGCAUCCUCUUCCUCGUCUUCUACAUCUUCCACCCUCAAUCGCGAACCUUCCCCACCUCUGAUUCAUCCCCCCUCGAUUGUUGCUGUGACGGGGAGUUGUCACCAGCCGCCGUACGACUUGCGAAGAAAACAACCAACAUCCUCAUCCCUCUUUGUCAGCCAUCUGUCUGAAAACUCGCCACAAACUGGGACCGUGCCAGCUCAUUCUCAUCCUUGUUGCGGUGGGAGUGCGACGGAGGCGGCUGCGGGCUGUUCUAGCGGCGUAAAUUCUCCGUCCCCCGCUCCUCCCUCCCCUGAAAGUCCUUCCUCCAUGCUCCCGGCGAGAAAAAGACCUAGAAAGUGCACCUCGACCCUUUCUUCAGAUAGUUGUGAAUCUGGCACCAGUGUUGCAGCUCAAUAUCUGCAGUAUGAAUUGCCGGACGAAGUUAUGCUGACAAUAUUUAGCUAUUUAAAGGAAAAGGACUUGUGUUGCCUGUCUCAUGUGUGCAAACGCUUCCAAAUAUUAGCUAAUGACUGUAAAUUAUGGAAAACGAUUUAUCAAAGGCUAUUUGAGUAUGAUCUCCCCAUGUUUCGAAACACUUCUGGGACUUUUGAUGUUGUGUCGGUGGACGAUUCUGAGUAUGAAAAUCCCUGGAAAAUGUCCUUGAUGCAGCUCUACAAAGGGAUUCACGUUCGGGAAGGAUGCAAAGAUAUGUAUAUCGACAAUCUCUCAGGGAGGAACAUAGUCUGCGUAGAUUCAAUCGGAGCUGCCAUCAGCAUUGGAGGAGACAAUCCUUUAAUUUUCGUCCACGCCAACAAAUAUGUUGGGGAAUCGUUGGUAAUUGACAACAAUGCCGAAAUCGUGGGAGCUGCGUGUGGAAAUAUUGCGGAAAACGUUGUGUUCGAAACGGAUCGAGAGUCGACCGUCGUGUUCGUUGAAGGAUCGCUUAACAGUUAUUUAGGUUACGUCACAUUGAAGUUUUCUCCAGAUCUUGGGGCUUCCAAUGCACCUCAUCAAAGACACUAUUGUCUCGAAAUUAAAGAAAACUGCUCUCCCACCGUGGAUCACUGUGUCAUACGAAGUCAGAGUACAGUUGGAGCAGCAGUUUGUGUAAGUGGGGCCGGUUCAGAACCCGUUAUAAAAUGUUGCGACAUAAGCGACUGUGAAAAUGUUGGGUUGUAUGUUACUGAUCAUGCGAGUGGAACAUAUGAAGACAAUGAAAUUAGCAGGAAUGCCUUAGCAGGAAUUUGGGUAAAGAACCAUGCAAAUCCAAUAAUGAGGAGGAAUCACAUUCAUCACGGACGAGACGUUGGAAUUUUUACAUUCGACAAUGGACUUGGCUAUUUCGAAUCCAAUAACAUUCAUAAUAAUCGCAUAGCGGGAUUCGAGGUCAAGGCAGGAGCCAAUCCUACUGUGGUUCAUUGUGAGAUUCAUCACGGACAGACGGGUGGAAUCUAUGUGCAUGAAAAUGGACAAGGACAAUUCAUUGAAAAUCAAAUACACAGUAACAAUUUUGCUGGUGUAUGGGUAACAAGCAAUAGUAAUCCCACAAUUCGUCGGAAUGAAAUUUACAACGGCCAUCAAGGUGGAGUCUACAUAUUUGGUGAAGGGCGUGGGCUCAUUGAACAUAACAAUAUAUACGGAAAUGCUUUAGCUGGGAUCCAAAUCAGAACCAAUAGUGACCCAAUUGUUCGACACAAUAAAAUCCAUCACGGCCAACAUGGGGGCGUUUAUGUCCAUGAGAAAGGAAAUGGUUUGAUUGAAGAGAACGAGGUUUACGCGAAUUCUUUAGCAGGGGUGUGGAUCACUACCGGCUCAACACCGGUCCUUAGGAGGAAUAGAAUUCACUCAGGAAAACAAGUUGGUGUCUACUUUUAUGAUAACGGACAUGGUCGCCUGGAGGACAACGACAUAUUUAAUCACCUCUACAGCGGGGUCCAAAUAAGAACGGGUAGUAAUCCAGUAAUUAGAGGAAAUAAGAUUUGGGGUGGACAAAAUGGUGGCGUUCUCGUCUACAAUGGUGGUUUAGGCUUGUUGGAAAACAAUGAAAUCUUUGACAAUGCUAUGGCUGGGGUUUGGAUAAAAACGGAUUCAAAUCCUACCCUUAAACGUAAUAAAAUCUACGAUGGUCGGGACGGCGGCAUAUGCAUUUUCAACGGAGGAAAAGGAAUUCUGGAAGAAAAUGAUAUUUGUAGGAACGCACAAGCUGGCGUGCUCAUAUCCACUCAAAGCCACCCAGUUUUAAGGAAGAAUCGAAUAUUCGACGGACAUGCAGCGGGUAUCGAGGUGACAAACAAUGCCACCGCAACCCUGGAACAUAAUCAAAUAUUUAACAAUCGUUUCGGCGGUUUAUGCCUUGCAAGUGGUGUUCAUCCAACGUGUCGAGCGAAUAAGAUUUUCAAAAACCAAGACGCCGUGGAGAAAGCAGUUAAAAAUGGACAAUGUCUUUACAAAAUUUCUUCCUACACGAGUUUCCCAAUGCACGACUUUUAUCGAUGUCGAACAUGUAACACGACGGACAGAAAUGCUAUAUGUGUAAAUUGCAUCAAAACCUGCCAUCAUGGACACGAAAUUGAGUUUAUUCGGCAUGACAGGUUCUUUUGUGAUUGUGGGGCGAAUACAUUGGAAUCGCUUCAAUGCCAACUGCAGGGUGAACCAACAGCUGACACAGACACGCUCUAUGAUUCGAGCCAGCCGACGGAAUCUCAUACGCUGAUGGUGAAUUGAGAUCUGUAGAGAUUAGACGGUUUCAAGCUUACGUUCUAGUAUGACGCCGACACUCAAGACAAUUCGCUAUGUUCCAAAGUACGGGAAACGGAUGAUGUUAACGUGUUUCCCCGUCCUCCGUCAAUUAUACACACUGACUGUAAUCAUUAAUGUUAUGUAAAAUAUACAUUUAUAUAUAGAGUAGAGAGCAGCUAAUACGAUUUGGUUGCCAAAAUCGCCAUAUUGUCAACGCGCAGGUUGGACGAUCUUUAGAUUUGAUGAUGAUGUCGCUUUUGUCCCGUUUUAAUUGCCUUAAAUGUGUGUACGAAACUCUCAAAGGCCUAAUGGACGUUGGUCAAAAAAACCAAAAUAAUAAUGCAGCUCAUUAUACACGUUUAUUCUGUUUUUGAUUAAGUAUAGUAGUUCCAGUAGCACUCGCAUUGUAGAAUUUUUGUGCCCGACUCCGCCACUAUUGGUUUGUACAAUACAAGCAUGGUGGGUUAUGUAAUAUUUGACUUUAUCAAUGUUUUAACAAUAGAUCUGUCAACUUAAUAUGCAAGUUGUUUUAUUUAUUUGACUGUGUUCUCUUCUUUUACCCGAUUUUAGAAAUUCUUGUUGCUCAUUGUUUCUUUUGUUUUUAUGAAAUUUUACGUUUAGUUAAAAAAUUGUAUAUCAAUCAUAUUUACACAGCCUUUUGUGUGGUAGAUGUUUUAAUUUUAUUAAAGAAUAUAAAUAUGUAGUAGUUCAAUAAUUAGAUGCAGUAGAAUUUAUUAUUAUUGUUGUUUUUAUUGUUAUUAUGAUUCAUAAAACUUGGUUCGUUUUACACAAGCAAGCGAUCGUGUGUGUAGGUGGGUGGUGGACGGUAAUCAAUCCAAAGAAUUAGAAUGCUCAAGAAAGCUAGAGUGGAGGUUCACUCUAUUAAAUAUUUCCGAAUCCGUAUCAAGAAAAUAGAUGGAUAUAAUAACACACCCAGACAAAUAAGACCCAGAUUCUCAAAAUAAGUACGGAGAUGGACUGGCAUUUAUUUAAAAAAACGUCUUUAAUUACUUGUGUAGAACUCUGUAUAGUAUUUAUAAUUUUAUUAUAAAAACGAAGUUUAACCGAGCGCAAUAAUAAAUUGUUCCAUCUCUAAAUGUAUGUGUAUUGUGUGGCCGGAGGAGUAGUUGUGUGUGGAUUUUCAUGUAUGUGAAUACAAAUAUGAAAUUAA